AUGGCCCUUCCCACCUUCAAACGCCAGCCCCCAGCCCAAUCCUAUGGCGUCGUCUCGUUCCCCGCCCAGCACGUAAUGCUGGUCGUCUUCACGCGGCCGCGCGCCCUCAACGCCAUGACCAGCGCCGGCGAGUACGAGCUGGAGGCGCUGUUCGCCUGGUACGACGCCGAGCCGUCGCUGCGCUGCGCCAUCGUCACGGGCGCCGGGCGCGCGUUCUGCGCCGGCAUGGACCUCAAGGAGUGGAACGAGCGCAAUGUUCGCCGUGCGGCUGGGCUGCGAGAGGACCGCCCGAUGAACCCGCCGUCGGGCUUCGGCGCGCUGUCGAGGCGGCACGGCAAGAAGCCUGUAAUUGCAGCCGUCAACGGGCUGGCGUUUGGCGGCGGCAUGGAGAUUCUCGCCAACCUCGACCUCGUCGUCGCGAGCAAGAGCGCCAUCUUCGCCCUCUCUGAAGCCAAGCGCGGCGUCGUGCCCAAUGCGGGCUCCCUGCCUCGCCUGGUCAGGACCAUCGGCCGGCCCAGGACCAUGCAGCUAGCCCUGACGGGCCGGAGCAUCACGGCGGCCGAGGCCAAGGAGUGGGGGUUGCUGAAUGCCAUCACAGACGACGCCGCCGAGGACUGCGCCGUGCUGGAGCGCCCCGUCGUCAAGGCCGCCCUGGACUACGCCGUGGCCAUUGCCGCCAACAGCCCGGACAGCGUCAUUGUUGCGCGCGCCAGCGUCAUUGCCGGCUGGGAGGACGGCAGCGCCGAGAACGCGAGCCGUCUCAACUGCGAGAAAUGGGACGAGGCGCUGGAUGAGAGUGCCAAUAUGAGCGAAGGGUUGCUGGCGUUUGUGGAAAAGCGAGCGCCAAAAUGGGUGGACAGUAAGCUGUGA